AUACUCUUUCCCCAGGGUUAGUCGUUCCUACCUCGCGCCCGCCCGAUCCCUUUAUCUCCUUCUCCCCUUUCCCUCCUUCUCCUUCCCUUCCCUCCUUUCCCCCCACAAACUUGUAUUUUCCACCUUCCCUACUUGUGGUGUGGCCCAUUUAGGUGCUGACUCUCGAACCCCUGAAACGUCCUUACAGAUCGUCGUCCUUGGGUAUUUUAAUUUUUCCCUCUGUCCACAUUCCACACCCACCACCCUUAUCCUUCCUCCCGCCAUCUGAAACCCAUCAAUCCAACUCGACAAGAUGAGAGAAGUUAUUAGUUUGAACGUCGGUCAGGCUGGUUGCCAGAUCGCCAACUCCUGCUGGGAGUUGUACUGCCUUGAGCACGGUAUCCAGGCCGAUGGUUACCUGACCGAGGAGCGCAAGCAGGCUGAGCCCGACCACGGCUUCAGCACUUUCUUCUCCGAGACUGGCCAGGGCAAGUAUGUUCCUCGCACCAUCUACGCCGAUCUGGAGCCCAAUGUCAUCGAUGAGGUCCGCACCGGUACCUACCGCAGUCUCUUCCACCCCGAGAACAUGAUCACCGGCAAGGAGGAUGCUUCCAACAACUACGCCCGUGGUCACUACACCGUCGGUAAGGAGAUGAUCGACCAGGUUCUCGACAAGGUCCGCCGCGUGGCCGACAACUGUGCCGGUCUCCAGGGUUUCCUGGUCUUCCACUCCUUCGGUGGUGGUACCGGUUCCGGUUUCGGUGCUCUCCUCAUGGAGCGUCUCUCCGUUGACUACGGCAAGAAGUCCAAGCUCGAGUUUUGCGUGUACCCUGCUCCCCAGAACGCCACCUCGGUUGUUGAGCCUUACAACUCGAUCUUGACCACCCACACUACCCUUGAGCACUCCGACUGCAGCUUCAUGGUUGACAACGAGGCUAUUUACGAUAUCUGCCGCCGUAACCUCGGCAUUGAGCGCCCCAGCUACGAGAACCUCAACCGCCUGAUCGCCCAGGUUGUCUCCUCCAUCACCGCUUCUCUGCGUUUCGAUGGUUCCCUCAACGUCGACCUGAACGAGUUCCAGACCAACCUGGUCCCCUACCCUCGUAUCCACUUCCCUCUUGUCGCCUACGCCCCUGUCAUCUCUGCUGACAAGGCUUCCCACGAGUCCAACUCGGUCAACGAGAUCACCAUGUCUUGCUUCGAGCCCAACAACCAGAUGGUCAAGUGUGACCCCCGCAACGGCAAGUACAUGGCCACCUGCUUGCUCUACCGUGGUGAUGUUGUGCCCAAGGAGACCCACGCCGCUGUUGCCACCCUCAAGACCAAGCGCACCAUCCAGUUCGUCGACUGGUGCCCUACUGGUUUCAAGAUCGGUAUCUGCUACCAGCCUCCCCAGCAGGUUCCCAACGGCGACCUCGCUCCUCUCAAGCGCGCUGUCUGCAUGCUGUCCAACACCACCGCUAUCUCCGAGGCCUGGUCCGCUCUCGACCACAAGUUCGACCUCAUGUACUCCAAGCGUGCCUUCGUCCACUGGUAUGUUGGUGAGGGUAUGGAGGAGGGUGAAUUCUCCGAGGCCCGUGAGGACCUGGCUGCCCUCGAGCGUGACUACGAGGAGGUUGCCAGCGACUCUCUGGAGGAGGAGGUUGAGGCCGAGUACUAAGUCUGACGACAAUUUCCUCGGCCGGAGCCCCGAGGAUGGUCCGACGGGGCAGUCUGCUUGGAUGCCGGGGCUGGCCCUGAUUGUUUCCGUGGUGAUCUGUUGGGGACAGACGUUGGCCCGAAGAAGAAGACCCGACGAGCGGCGGGACUCUGGCUGUGCGUACAGAUACAAUAGGAGAGACGAGAUUGGCUUAGUACAGACUAUGUUUUCUUUUGUCUGAUAUAUUUUUAAUAUCCCUGAAGCAGCGAUGAAAUUUACCCGCUCGUUCCCGUGCAAGAAGCCAGAGAGUUUGUAAUAUAACAUUUGCCUUGUUAUAAAUC